GGCACCAAAAAAAAAAAAGAAGAAAAAUCCACGCUGAAUAAAGAAAUGCAUCGUACUACUCAUAUUGCGUUGCUUUUUCUUCUUCACUUACUCACUCCCACUGACAUUACAUAACAGACUUUUGAAAGAAAUAGAAAGAGAAACAAAACUCGGGAACUGAGCACAAAACCAGCUCAGGAAGAACAUGAAGAAGAAGAACCACUAGCUCCAUCCAUUCUUACCAUUCCAAAAAACUAGGGUUUCUCACAUUUCAAGCGGAUUAGUCUAGCAAAAUCAGCGGCAGCAGCAUCAGAAGAUUUCCAUUUUCGAGGGCCCAUUUGGGCUAGGGUAGUGCGUUUCAAACAGAGCUCACUGUAGGGCAAAAAGGAGGGGCAAAAGGGAAAAAAAGGAAAUGGUAAAAGUCUGAAGUACAGUGGGUCAGAGGACUCUAGAACUCAAUUAUUUUAUCUGCUUGAUUAUUUUUCUAAAGGAAACACACAAGCAUGCAGACACCGAAAGCAAAAACUGGCUCCUCAGAAGUACCUCAAAGAAAAUCCCCAAGGACACCUCGAACCGCUCGUCAACUUAAAACUCCAAGCUCAGAUCCUGAUUCCGUUUCCACUUCCCCACUUGCUGCCAGUAAGACACCUAAAGAGAGAAGUCCUAGGGUGGUGACUGACCGGAAGUCACCGCGAUGCAUAGCCACUGAGAGUAAAGGGCAUAGCAAAGUGGCUGAAUUGGGCUCACAGAUUUCUCAACUCCAGGAGGAACUCAAGAAAACAAGUGACCAACUGAGUGCAUCUGAAUCACAUAAAAGACAAGCCCAACAGGAGGCAGAAGAAGCAAAGAAACAACUAUCAGAUAUGUCUGCAAAGCUUGAAGAAUCCCAACAGCAGGUGCUCGAGCUCUCUGCUUCAGAGGAAGAUCGUGUUCAAGAACUGCACAAAAUUUCUCAAGAUCGUGAUAAAGCGUGGCAGUCUGAGCUUGAGGCGGUUCGAAAGCAACAUUCAAUGGAUGCUGCUGCAUUGGCCUCUGCCACUAAUGAAGUUCAGAGGCUCAAGGUCCAGUUGGAGAUGGUGUCUGAAUCCGAGGCAACCCGAAGCAAGCUUGCCGAGUCUUCACAAACCGAGAUAGAGCAUUUAAGAACACAGCUCUCGGAGACUCUCUCCCUAGUUGAAAAACUGAAAGACGAGCUUACUUACUGUAGAGAAUCUGAAGCUCAAGCCCAUGAAGUUGCAAGGAAAAACAAAAACCAAUUUGAAACAGCUAAGGCAGCUGUCGAAAAGCUCCAAUCAGAUGGAAUCAAAGCUAUCGAGGCUUACAACUCUUUGUCAUCAGAGUUGGAGCAAUCAAAAGCUCAGAUUGAAUCACUGGAGGGACAGAUCAGCAAGAUUCAGAAAGGUCUGGUAGAUUCUACAAGCAAUGGUUUGUAUCCUGAGGAAAACAAUGGGAAGGAUGAAAUCGACGUGAUAAAAACUGAGCUCACUUCUAUGAGAUUAGACGCAGAUAGAUCAAAAUCUGCAUCAGCUGCAGCUGAGACUAGAUACGAGGAGGAAUAUGUUCGUUCAGCAUUGCAAAUUAGAAUUGCUCACGAACUUGUGGAACAAAUGAAAGUAGAGUCGUGUCAGAAAGAGGCAGAAUUGGAAGCAGAACUCAAGGAGGCCAGAGCAAAUUUAGAACAGUUGAGAGUAGACCUUAAGGAAAAAGAAACUCAAUUGUAUAGUGUUGUGGAGGAAAACAAGGAGCUCAACUCAGAAAUAAGCAAAAUCAUACCAGUCGACCGGGAGUCUGAACUAGCAAUGGAGCUAAAGAAGUUGGAGGCUGAUAUGGAGGAGUUGAAGAGCAGGCUCUUGGAAAAGGAGAAAGAGGUGGAUGGUUCAACGGAGGAAAAUAAAGCACUUAAGAUAAAGAUUGAGAAGAUAGAGAUGGAAAGGAAGUCUGAACUAGCAAUGGAGCUGAAGAAGUUCGAGACUGAUACGGUGGAGUUGAAGACCAGGCUCUUGGAAAAGGAGACAGAGUUGCAAAGUACAACGCAGGAAAAUGAUGCACUUAAGAUGGAAAUUGAGAAGAUAAAAAUGGAAACGAAUAAGAUCAACGAUGCAGUUUCUUUGGCAGAGACAACCAAGGCUGCAGAGCAAGAAGCACUGAUGAAACUCGAGCACGCAAGAGAAGAGGCAGAUAACAGUAACAGAAGAGCGGCACGAGUCGCCGAGCAGUUGGAUGCUGCACAGGCUGCUAAUUCUGAAAUGGAGGCUGAGUUGAGGAGGUUAAAAGUGCAAGCAGACCAGUGGAGGAAAGCAGCUGAGGCAGCUGCUGCAAUACUCUCAACUGGGAACAAUGGGAAGAUUGUUGAUAGAAUAGUUUCUUUGGAGAACAAUUAUCCUCUGGGCUCACCAUACUCGGAAGAUCUCGACGACGAGUCGCCAAAAAAGAAGAAUGGAAAUGUGUUGAAGAAGAUAGGAGUUUUGUGGAAGAAAAACCAGAAGUAAACUGGCUAAUGAAUAAACUACAGAAGAUUGUUGUAUGAAUGUCUGUUAGUAGGUUGUUUUAUGGGUCUCUCCUGUUCUGCCUUUUACUUUCCCAUUGCCUUUUGGUUUGUUUUAUGUUUGAAGACUUAUGUAAUGUGUAUUUUAUGCAGUGGCUAGAAAUGGGCAAUGUAUAACUCUACUUUUCAAUC